AUUGUUGUAGAAAGACUCACCAAAAAUGUUACCGAAUCACAUCUACAUGAGAUCUUCGGGGGGUUCGGAGAGAUACAAAAUCUCGAUUUGCCCAUGAAUAAAGCCUUCAUGACCAAUAGAGGCACUGCCUACAUCCUAUACCAUGACCCUGCUGAUGCAGAGGCCGCCAUCGCACACAUGCACGAAGCGCAGCUAGACGGUGUCGUCAUAAGUGUCUCCAUU